GCCUCGUUCCAAUAUCAGGGAUGUUCAUAACGCAUGCGACCGAUUCAGGGGAAUUUUUUCGUAUGAUUGACACUUUGGCCUAUGUCAUGCUCAUUCUAACUACUCUACUAGUACCUCUUACCGUUGCGUUCAUCGAGGCAACGCUACGAGCCGCCAAAAACCAUUCAACGAUAUCGCUCUUCGAGUGCAAGUCCGAUUUCUACAACCUUGUAACAGCAACUCUAGCAGGAAUGUUAAAUCUUGGCUCGGAGUUGGUUCCCUUUAAAAGUACAUCAUCUCGUUUGGUUUUGACGUCCUUGAGUGUUAUGCAAACCUUUUUUACAAUUACGUUGUCAGGAACCAUAAUGGCGGCAAUUAUGGUGAAAUCGCCGACAUCGCGUAUAGAAACGCUCCAGGACCUGGCAAGCAAAACUCAGGUGAACCCACUCGUUCCACUGGGAACCACGAUCGUUGACGCAUUAAAGUCAGUUGAUGAUCCCCGAUACCGUACAAUAUACAAAAGGGCGGAGGAUAGGGGUUUUCUUUCAGUGGAGACGUUUAUAUCACUUGAAACGAUGCAUGAACUCGCUAACGGAAGCGGCGUCGUCUUCUUUAGCUGUGAAAGCACGAGCCUUUUUUUCGCAUCAGUCUUCGCACCGUACCGAGGUAAGGCGUGGCUCUUCUGCGGAUCAGAAUCGAUAUCGGAUUAUAUGUACUCAAGUUACUUCUCAAUGACCUUUGAUUCCAACUUCAUAAUGGAGGCAUUCACUCGAUACCAGUGGCUAAUUGAUAUGCCCAGCCGUUGGAUUCACCCUUUCGUGUUCGGGGCUCUUGGGGACGAAUUUUACACGAGUAAAGCUAGGAUAACAAGUUCAGGGAAGAACGGCCUCACGACGACAGAAUUUCAUGGCGUGUUAGUAGCCUGUUGUAUGUUACACGCUUUCGCUUUCGUCAUAUUCAUCAUGGAAGUUGUCGUAUAUCUUACCCUCGAAAUUAUACUGAAGUAUUCUUUUGGACUUCACAAGGAUCUGAAAUUGGCCAUUCCUACGUGUACACGUGGCGGCAAUACUUUUUUGUGAAGAUGCACUGCAACAGGUCAUCUUUAAACGCAAACGAAAUUUCCUUCUGCUGUUUAGAGAUAAGCUGAAGGGGGUACUGUUAGAGCAGCAAGAUGCAAAAUUAGAAAAUGACCGUCAGCUAAUUCUCAACAUAGGCGCCAUGUGUUUUUGACUAAUAAGGUUUUUGAUACAAGACGUGAAAAUUAUUGUGACGAAACCGUUAAAGAACAUAACAAACGUACUGCUGACAGUUAAUAAACGGUCAGCUGCUGCCAAAUCUCGAUUUUUGUAAAAAGAACAUAAAACAUUGUGUUAGUUUUCAUGACUGGUAAUGAGUGCCAUACAGGAACAAUUGUGAACGUACAGAAACUUUGAAAAAUUUAAA